GCAGCGGCAGCAGGGAGAAGACUAUCAGUUCCUUCUCACAGCUGCAACGUGUCCCAGCAGGGAGGCGUUGCAUAGGGAGAGACAGAUAGUCUGUAGGCUCUUCAUCCUGCUCGCUGGCCGAAGGGAGCAGGGCCGCGGAGAAAGCUCUUCUUGCCUCAUCUGGAAAUUAUCCUCUUGUACGGCAUGAUGAAGGGCUGUCAGAAUGAGUGCCCAGCUGGAGGAUGUACAGGGGGAGCCACAAAGCAAGUGACUGAAUCUUUCAAGGCUGCAGACUUAAUUAUUAACCCAGCUGCCACUUUCAAGGAAAAACCAGACCCCAGUGGUUUGGUAUUUGGAACUGUUUUCACAGACAACAUGCUGACAGUCGAAUGGUCUUUGACUUCAGGAUGGGAGAAACCUUAUAUUAGACCUCUUGAGAACCUUUCAUUACAUCCAGCUUCAUCAUCUUUCCACUAUGCUUUGGAACCAAGAGGAGAGACAGAGGAGAAUCUGGUCCCAAUGGUGUGGCUCAAUGAAUACACACUGUUUGAAGGAAUGAAGGCUUAUCGAGGAGUGGAUGGUAAAAUCCGCCUGUUCCGUCCAACGCUCAACAUGGACAGGAUGGUGCGGUCAGCGGCGCGAGCAACACUGCCAUGUUUUGACAAGGAGGAGCUAUUAGAGUGCAUCCGGAAGCUUGUGGAAGUGGAAAAAGAGUGGGUCCCGUACUCUACGUCUGCAAGCCUGUAUAUCCGCCCUACUUUAAUCGGAACAGAGCCUUCUCUUGGAAUCAAGAAGCCAACUAAAGCCCUGCUGUAUGUUAUACUGAGUCCUGUGGGCCCAUACUUUGCAAGCGGAAGCUUUAAUCCAAUAACCUUAUGGGCAGAUCCCAAAUAUGUAAGAGCCUGGAAAGGAGGAACGGGGGACUGCAAACUGGGAGGGAAUUAUGGUUCUUCCGUCUAUGCCCAGCAAGAAGCUAUGGAAUUAGGAUGUCAGCAGGUUCUGUGGCUGUAUGGAGAGGAUCAUCAAAUCACUGAAGUCGGAACAAUGAAUCUUUUCCUGUACUGGGAAAAUGAAGAUGGAGAAGAGGAACUGGCAACCCCACCAUUAGAUGGCCUCAUUCUUCCUGGAGUGACGAGGCAGAGCAUCUUGGAGCUGGCACGCAAGUGGGGAGAAUUUAAAGUGUCUGAGCGGUACAUCACCAUGAGUGAUCUGACAGCUGCCUUGGAGGAAAACAGAGUCAAGGAGAUGUUUGGUGCUGGGACAGCUUGUGUUGUAUGCCCUAUUUCUAAAAUAUUGUACAAAGGCAAGAAUUUGCAUAUUCCAACUAUGGAGAAUGGACCUCAGUUAGCAACCCGCUUCCUGAAUCAGCUGACUGAUAUCCAAUACGGAAGAGAAGACAGCGAAUGGACACUCGUGGUGUCAUGAACGCAGAGUGGCGGGGAUCAGACCUUCCAUACACUACCCGACAGGCCAAACCGUUACACCAGAACAAUUGCCGAUUUUCUAUAGCUGCCUGUUUAGAGCUGUGCGUAGGGUAGUCAGUGUUCUCCCUUUCCUCCCCAGGGUGAUUGUUUCCACAUGCCAGGGAAUGUGAACACAAUCAUUAUGAUUUCUACCAUAGUCUUGCUAAUAGAAGCCUAUCUUCUUGUUAGAGAUGCUAGAUGUAAGCAAUAGAACUGUCCCAACUGUUUUCUUGAUGCCUCCUUGUGUCUUAUGUACAGUCCAAAAACUUGUCAAAUACUCUUCAACUGGUCUUCAGUGUAAGCCAUGGUGUUUUUCCAACUGCCACCACUACUGGAGAAGACUGCCAUAUAAAAAAGUUGCCCAUUAUUUAGGGGAACAGUUACUAUCCCUUAGUCCUAUUUCAUUUGCAUCCUCAGGCAAUGGAUUAUGUUUUUCUCUGUUACUCCACUUAUGUGGGAGGUUCCUCUCUGCAUUCCCAGAGCCCUGAGGAGCCCGUUUUUAAUUCUGCCAGCAUCAUACCCUCACCUUUUAGGCCCCAUGUCAUAGCAACCACGCCUUUAGAAUGAGGAUGAAUUGGUGGGAAAUCCCUUCAGAAACUGGCAACACCACUCCUAAAUCAGCUUACAAGAACUUACAAGAUACAAAGUGAUCUUUCCCCACCCAAGGCUUUACAGUGCUCCCAGCCCUGGCUGGCCCACUUGUUUCUUAAUAUGAUCUUUCUAUUUUCUGAAGAGACCAAGGCUUUCCAGUAUGGGUUCUCCUAUAUCUUCCCCUGCUUGCCAGUGGAAAAGUGCUCAGCACAGGAAAACAGGGGGAUUUCAUUCACUUCUUGUCAUUCUACACUACCAUGUUCCCUUACCUCUUCACACUCCACUCGACUUGUGAUACACUCUCUUGUUGCCAAGAUACAAGAUACAGAACUGUCAGCUCGCAAUUAGGGAAAUUAAUAACUUCUGUAAAUUUUCUUUAACCCUUAAAUAUACUACCAUCCAUAUAAGCUUUCUCAUCUAUGUGCACGCUUUUCUCAACUAGUUUUAAGAUGUCUUCUGCCAAAAAGGAACUACAGUAUUCAGUAGUAAUACUCCAAAAUGCUAGGGGCCUGAUUCUUCUGUUACUCUGGCAUGGAACGUAUGUAACUUCAUAGCUGUCAAUGGAAUUAUACCUGCAUAAAAUCAGUUUAACAGAAUGGAGCCUCAGACCGUACAUUUUAAACUAGCCAUACAGCAGUAUUUUGGGAACUAACUAGUAUUUUUUUAAUAAGUCAGGAAGAGUUUCUCUCCCACACUUUCUAACUGACCCCACCUAUAACUGGCAGUUGCUAACACAAUGUAAAAUAUACUAAGCGUUAUCUCUAAUGGGCAGCCCCUUGUCUUAAGCCACCACUUAAAAUUAUCCACAAGGCUUUCUUGUACAGUAUUUGGUCAAACAUUAACCCUCAGUCUCUACUAGGCCACCAUUUUCUGCUGGUCCCAUGAGUGGUGGGUUAGACAGAUCUUGCUGCAGUCUGUUCUGAUACCUUAUUGAAGAACAGUUGAAGGUUAUCAGUGACAAUUAUUCAGAGUGAGUUGUUGGACAGUGUUCUAUUUAGAAUAUACCUACAAGCACAAAGUGCUGUUUCAUUUAUGGUAGCAGUAGUACUGUGAAUUUCUUCUACUCACAAUUUAAAUCUGUACUGUGCUCUGGUCUCUGUUCAGUUUCUUGCGAUGUAUCAUAGACCACUGGUAGUUUAUUUAUUUGUAUUCGUCUACUGGAAAAAUUAACAUGGAGGAUACAUUGAGAUAUGAUGUGGGGUAGAGGCGUUUUUCCAACAAGGCAAGUUCCACAACUGAAGAGUGCCUUUGACUAGAGUGUGUCAUAGAGCUCAUACCAGGUUACGUCAUGAAUGAGACUAUAUGGCUUCCUGUUACUGAACCGUAACCUGAUCCCUCAUGUUUAGCUUAGAUAAUUGUCUUUGACAGCAAAAGUCUAGGUGGUUCGGUUUGACUGAGGUGCCUGGGGAAUUGGAUGUGCAACUCCCAUACUUGAGAUAUCAGUAGUAUUAACAGAAGUUGCACAUCAAAUCCCCCCUGGACAAUACUGACAGUAAACUACUCACAAGUCAGAAUGAAGAAAUGAAUACCAGUUACAAUGAUUGAUUUAGAGUGGUUGAUGUUUUAGAGUCUUAAAUCAGACUACAAUAAUUUUAAGUGGGGCUCGACAUUGGCCUGUAGUAGUUGUAGUCUACACUGACUUUUGGGGAGACCUGAGUUAGACCUCCUGUCUCAUGUCUUCACCUCUUGUACUGCUGGAGACCUCAAAAGUGCAAGGGCUAACGGAGGACAAAAUUGGAAGGUCCACAAAAAUAUGAGCUAUUUCCUAGAGAAAAAGUGAAACCAUGUAGAGCACUCCCAGUCAGCUAGUGUCACCUCUGUGAAUACUUUUGCUCCCUCUUGGUAAAUUCAAACAGCCUUGAUUAUUUUCAUUCAGGCUCUGGGUGAAUAGGUUCCAGGUUUUAAAUGUUAUAUACUAAAUAAACCCAGCAGAGUAUUUUGAUAUUUCAUGACAAGCCUGUGUGGAAAUCCAUAGCCUGCAUUCUGCAUCUGUAUUAUUUUAUCCUUUUAUCAUAAAAUUCCAAGAAAUAACAUUUGUAAAUAACAGUGAGCACUUGAGAGAUACUGUGUUCUCCUUAUUUUAGCCCAUAUAGUUUAGGAAGGAAUUGUGCUAUUCCCUGAGCUGAUAGACUGUAAAAGAACAUCUGCACAUCUCUUUUCCAUGUGCGCUAUUUGUUUAAUUGUAGCAGAUUAACAUAGAAAGGCUAUGGUACAUCAUAACUAGGCAAUUAUCCAUUCUUCAUCACUUAGUUAUGGUUAUACUAAUUGAUCAUUUAAGAAAUAAGAUAGUCUAACAUUAGGAACAUUUGGCUGUUCAGAAAAGAUCAACAAAUUAAUAAUUGUGUGAUAUUUGCGUAAUUGGCUGCAAUUAUUUAAUGUUUAAUUGGGUUGAUCAAAUGCGAUUCAGCCUCUCACAUGUGGAUGCUUUACAAACAGUGGUACUUUAAAAUGAUAAUGAUGAACUAUAAUUUUUGCAAGUUCUUUCUUUCCCCGCACUUCAUUCUUUGAUUAUUAUUUUCAGCCUUGAGCAUGUUCCUAAUUUUCAGUUUAGUUUCAGCUAGUCAUCUGUUAGAAAGAAGUCCUUAAAAUGAGAUCCCAUUUCAGAGGUCCACAAAAACUAGUGUUUCAUACAAACCUUGAUGAUGCAGGAGUUGUGGAAUUAGCAGCUGUCACUGUAUUGCCAGAUUCAUAAUAGCAGUUCAGGGCAAAUUCACCCAGGGGUAACAAUGAUUUAUUCUGGUCAGAACUCUGGCAAAGGAUCCUCAGGGUAGAAAGUCCAUCCAGAGGAGGUUGUGGCAGCACAAAGCAAAUAUAAUUUCCUUGACAGGGGAGCUAGAAGGGCAGCAAGGACCAAAAAAUGGGAGAUGCUGGCCAGGGAAUAUGGCCACGGGAUGUUCUGACUCAAUAUAGUCUUCAACAGUGUCCAUGAGAAGGAUUCCCAGAAAACCUCAUCCAUAAGCUAAGUCUGCCCACGUCCCCUAGCAGAAAUCCCCGAGAGACUGCAGUGGUAAUACUACCUGCCCUUUUUCUGGAUGAAUCACCACUGGAGUGCUGGGAGAUAUAAUUGACCCUUCCCUGCCUAAGUGCUGGUGAUUCUCUUGUCCUUAUUUUAUAUUACAGCUGGAGAAUGGUAAUCUGAAAAAUAGGGCAUCUGAAAGGUAAAGGUUCAGUAUGUGCUUGUGGGAAUGAACACACAAUAGAGUGUAUCUACACUCAAGUUAGAGGUGUGAUUCUCAGCUUGAGGAGACAUACCCAUGCUCAUGCUGAUAGAGCUAGCAUGCUAAAAAUAGAGAGUACGCCGGUGUGAGCAGCAGGAGGGGCUAGCCAUCUAAACAUGCCUAGGGUCUCAGAAGGGAUCAUACACAGGGAAGCUAGCUCCUUAAACUACUUCAGCUACACUUCUAUUUUUAGCAUGCUAGCUCAGUCAGAAUUAGCAUGGGUAUGUCUCGUUGAGCUGGGAGUCGCAUCUUCAGCUUGAUGUGUAGACAUACCAAUAUGUGAAUCACCCCUCAUGUCCAAACGACUAGCAGUGGGCAAGGCAGAAGGGGCCAGAGUUGAGAGCUAUUUAACAGAUCCAUCACCAGGGGGAAGGAGAGGAGGAACUCUUGUCCAGUGUUAUCUAUAGAGCAACCUAUGUCAUCUCCUCAAAUCACGUAGCCCCUUUACUUUGCUUCAGUAUGUAACAAUGCAGUGUCAUAGAGCAAAUGUUGCAAUGCCCUGUCAGAGCAUGGCACAGCGAUUGGUCUUCCAGGCAUUGCUCAGACUCCUUUUACCUCUUUAGGACUCUGCAUAUGGUGCACAGAGUAGACAGGCCCAGUAAUGAGGGGAAAGCAGCAUACAGGUGGGUACACUUGUAUCACCGUGUACGUCUAUGCUGCAAUAAAACAACUACAGCAAGUGUCAGAGCUGGGGUCAACUGACUCAGACUUGUGCUCCAGGGCUAAAAAUAGCAGUGCAGAUGAUUGGACUGGAGCCUGGGCUCUGAAACCCUCCCCUGUCACCAGGUUACAGAGUCCAGGCUCCAGCCCAAACCCAAACUUCUACAGUGCUAUUUUUAGCUCAAAGCGCAAGCCCCAUAAGCCUAAGUCAGCUGACCCAGACUCUGAGACUUGUUGCUGUGGGUCUUUUAUUGCAGUGUAGACACACUCGCAUUCCAGAUACCUAAAGCAGAGCUAAUACUAAUGACCUAGCCAGGGAUGGGGUGGGUUCUCCAUCACUUGGAAUCUUUAAAUCAAGAUUGGAGAUGUCUUUCUAGAAAAUAUGCUGUAGCUCCACCAGAAGUUAUGGGCUUGAUGCAGAGUUUAUGGGAUGAACUACAGCCUAUGCUAUGUAGGAGGUCAGACUAGAUGAUCAUAACAAUUCUUUUUGGCCUUAAAAUUUAUUUGUAAGAAGUAUGUAUUUAUAGCCUCCCCGGGCUGUCAGUGUCUGUGCUUUCAGUCUUCACCUGGGUCUUUUUCCCCAUCACCUAUUUUGCAAGUAAUGUUACCACAGGUAGGUAUCAGCUUUUUCCUUUCCCUGAGGUGCUCAACCCCUGCUCAGGGCACAGGCCCCACCCACACUCCACCCCUUCAGCCAAAGCUCUGCCUCUUCCCACUCCCUCCCCUAAACGUGCCUGGUCCCCACUCCUCCUGCACACCGCAGAACAGCUGCUUGCGGGAGGCACUGAGAGAGAGGGAGAGGAGUAGAUUGGCAGAGCUGCCGGCAGACAGGAGAUGCUAUGGGGAGGAGGAGAAGUUAAUUGGUAGGGCUGCCAGUGGGUAGGAGGCACUGAGGGAAGGGAGGAACUGGCUGCUGGUGAGUGCAAAGCACCUGCUAAUUUUUUUUGUGGGUGCUCCAGCCCACGGAGUCGGUGCCUAUGAACGUUGGGGCUAAAUUUUAGCACAGUUAGUAACUCACAUUAAUGGGGCCUUUGCAGUUAAUUCCCUAUGUACUGUGCUGGAAAGGCAAUUUCUUUGGUGCUCAAACGGAUUUCUGGUCAAGGAGUGUGGAAGUCAUUAAAGAGCAGCAGAAUGAGGAAAAAGGUGAUGGGCUUUUAGCUGCACAAUACGUUUUAUUGCAAGUGUUUUACUCAUCCCCGUCUGCAAACUUCUUCCAAAAUAUUUUUAUUAAAGCUUUUAAAACUGAUUUCCUUUCAAAUGGUCAGCCUCUAGACAAGAAUGUGCAAGGCAUUCCAUUAAUUCAAAUUCUAUUAAACAUGAUGAACAAAAACAGCUUUAGUUUAAACAGUAAGUCUGGAGUCUCAUGGCCUUCAUGAAAUGCAAAAUACACUACUGAUUUCUGAUUUCUUUCCAUGUAUCUAACCAAAUUAUAACUGAAGGCCAAGUAGGCUAUUAAUACCUGGAGCAUAACACAAAAGCCUAGCCAGAAACUUUUUAUCCUGAGUUCUUUGAUCCCAUUUGCAAAAUGGGGGACCUAUUAGAGAGGAGAGUUUGAGCAAAGGCUGAGGAGCCACAUACUCCAGAGUUUCAGUUCUGGCUCUGACAUUGACUCUGUGAUCAUGGGCAAGUCAUCUAGCCUCUCUUUGACUCACUUGCCCACCUGCAAAAUGGAAAUAGUGCAACCGAACUCACAGGUAUUGUGAGGAAUAAAUACCCAGUGAUCUCAUAUGUUGGUCUGGGGGACAUGGGAGAAAUCUUAAAGAGUCUGCCCUGGUAUGAGCAGAGAAGCAUAAGCCAACUACUAGCUGCUGAACCUAGGUAGGCAUUUCCCCAUAUAGGAAGGUUAUCCCGUAACUGUCUACCACAGGGUUCCUUGCACCUUUCUCUAAAGUAUCUUGUACUGGUCACAAUCAGAGACAGGAUACUGGAGUAGAGGGAGCACUGAUCUGAUGAUCUAGUAUGGCAAUUCCUAUGCCUGUCCAUCAGGAGGUGGACACAGUCUGUCCUUUCACUCCUCUGAAUGCAAGGAUUAAACCAGGCUAGUGCUGCCAGCAAUAGCCUCCCUUAAAGACCCCAGCCAGCAAAGCAGGUCCUCCUUUGAGCAAGGAGGAGGAAGAUGAAUGAUCCUCAUCCAGGAGUCUUGCUGGGGAGGUGUGCAUUGUCACCGUCCUCUAGUCAUCAGCGCUCCUAUAAUCCAAAAACUGAACUGUGUGUUUGCAAAGCACUUUGAGGACAAGCAUGUGUGUAAAUGCAAAGUAUUAUUAUAAUUAUUACUACUUCUUAUGUGGCUUGUAGGAUUCAAUCCAGCCUUUAACAAAAUAGAAUUUAUUUUGCUACAGGUAAAAUCUCUUCUGUUAAUCUAAUUCACUUCAAGAAAUCUGUUUAAGCAGCACAGAUAGAUGCCAGGCACAGAACCAGCAUUUGAAGCAUCCCUUCCUGAUUAAUUGCAACAUCUUGAUUAUACAGAAGAAAAAUGUUAUAUAUAGACACACACUUUUUGUAUGGUAUGUCUUAUUUUUAAGGUUUCCUGCAGUAGGACCAUAAUCCUGCAAAAUGCAUAGCUCAGUUCCAAGUUUAAACCUGCAGCUGGCACACAGUACAGACUUGACAAGAGCACUGUUCACUGAUCAGAGGUAAAUUUAAUUUUUAUGUUUGUCAAAAUAAAAUCAAGGGCAUAGGAGCAACUUAAUCCAUCAUGCUUCUAAACUCCCGUGUAUUAGAAGUCCACCCUGUCCCAUAUUAGAACUGUGCCUUAUAACAUAACAUUCAAAUCACCCUGUGGGAUCUAUCCUACUAAGGUGCUGAGUGCUCUUGACUUCAGCAAGUUGCAGUUGAGAAUUAUUAGUGCUGUUUUUUAUCCAGUUCUACAGAAAUACAUUUUGUCCUGAAGCCCAAGAUUGUGCAAAGAAUAACUGAUAUUUUCUAAACUACCUCCUCCUAAUAGUAAGAUAAUGUUACUUCUUGCUUAAUUUAGGUAGCUGGAUUGUUAUUCAUAAUGGAGGAGGAAGAUACU